AUGGGAACAUCACGUCGACCAAUUGCUGUUUUUGAAAUGGCGACAAUCACUGGAUGGGGUGCCGUUAGAGAAGGAGGUAGCACUUCCAAUGUUCAACAAACUGUGGACGUUCCCAUAGUUUCGAAAGCUGUAUGCAAUGAAAACUACUAUUCUGAUGGAGGGCUUUCUGCUGGCAAUUCUGGUGGUCCCUUGACCAUUGCUGGCAAAUUAGCUGGAACCGUUUUCUGGGGUAACGGAUGUGCUCGCGAGGGAUACUCUGGAGCAUAUACUGAAGUGGCAGCCUAUCGCAAAUUGGUCAUGGAAAAUGCACUCUUUAAUUACUCAAAUCUUUUAUAA